UACCUAUUAGAAGCAGACGAUAUUUUGUUUACGAACGUUGUUAUGACAACGGAGCUAACAACUUAAAUCGAAACAUAGUUCCUAUUCGAUAUUGUAAAUCGUUUAUAUCUAAAAAUAUCAAAUAUGUCGGAUGAUUUUAGGAUUUUAUGGAUAAAGAGUGUAGUAUGUAAGGCGUUUCUUAUUGAAGAGAAAGUUUUCGAUUCGUUUUUAGAAGGAGAUCAGAGAUAUGGCGAAAUAAUUUUAUACGAAUUUCUCACGACGACUGAUAUAAAUAACACGAUACUGUUAUUUUAUACUUCAGAAAAGGAAGAAGAAAUCGAAAUUCAAGAAGAUAAAAUCGAAAAACCAAAACUGCAGUUUCCACAAAUGAAAGAACUUCAAAUGGAAGUUUCUGAAAUUGAGAAUGAUGAACAGAAUGAAGAAUCUGAUAUAAUAAGUAAUCCAAUGAUAAGUGAUGAAGAAAGUAUAGAAAGUAAUGUUGAAGAGAAAGAAGUUACUAUGAAGAUCACUUUACCACUUUUCAAUAUUAAGGAUGUUUUUAAAUUUUGUUACAAUAAAGAAGAAUUUACUGGUCAGUUUCCACAAAUGAAAGAACUUCAAAUGGAAGUUUCUGAAAUUGAGAAUGAUGAACAGAAUGAAGAAUCUGAUAUAAUAAGUAAUCCAAUGAUAAGUGAUGAAGAAAGUAUAGAAAAUAAAAUCGAAAAACCAAAACUGCAGUUUCCACAAAUGAAAGAACUUCAAAUGGAAGUUUCUGAAAUUGAGAAUGAUGAACAGAAUGAAGAAUCUGAUAUAAUAAGUAAUCCAAUGAUAAGUGAUGAAGAAAGUAUAGAAAGUAAUGUUGAAGAGAAAGAAGUUACUAUGAAGAGCAUCACAAAGAAAAUCAUCAUGCAUAAAAUCUUGCAUGUACAGAAAUUACUAGUUCCUGAAGAAAAAAAUUUUAAUUAUUUAUAUUUGAUGAAGAUAAAUAAUGAAUCUAUACCUAAUCCUUCAUCUUGGGAAGAAGCAUAUCAAAAAAUGCCAAAUCAAUUUGAUAUUUCUGUAGUGACAAGUCAUUCACUUCUUAUGCUUAGCCAAUUGUUACAACAAAUCACUUUACCACUUUUCAAUAUUAAGGAUGUUUUUAAAUUUUGUUACAAUAAAGAAGAAUUUACUGGUCAGUAUUCAAGAAUUCAAGAGAUUUUAUUAAGUUCAAUACAGAAAUUUGGAAUUACUAUGAAUCGAACCUUAAAACAACUUGAAAACAAAAUACAAUUAGAAUUUAUAACUUUCCCAAACAAUGUAUCAAUUGAUAGUUUGGCUCAUGAUAAAGCAUUUGUUACUCAAAUUGAAGACUUGAUGAUCUCUUGGAGACAGUCUAUACAAAAAAUGAUGACUGAAAUUUUAGAAAAGACAAUUCCUGGUAAGAGUCCAUUAGUAGAAAUUGAAAUUUGGAGAGAACGUCAAGCAGGAUUAAGUGCAAUUGUUGAACAGUUGAAACACAAAGAAGUUAUUCAAGUUCAAGAAGUUCUGAAAAUAGCAAAGAGUUUUGUAUUGUCAAAUUUUUUAGAUAAUUGUGAAAAACUUGAGAGUCAUUUAAAAGAAGCUCAUGAUAAUGUGCGAUUUUUAAGUACAUUAGAAAAAUGUUUUCAGAAUUUAACUCCUGGUACCCCAUUAAAUAUUGCACUUGAAACUAUUCCAGUUUUAAUUAAUGGACUCAAAAUGAUGUGGAUUUUAUCUCAGCAUUAUGGACAUGAUGAUGGAAUGAUGUCAUUAUUAGAACGCAUUGUUUGGUCUUUAUGUGAAUUAGUGACUACAACUUGUGAUGUCAAAAAAAUUUUUAAAAUGCCUUAUAAAGAGGCACAGGAUGUAACAUUUCUAGCAUACUCUUUAUUAGAUAAUUGGAAAAAGAGUUAUCUCAAAGUACGUGCAAAUAUAGAAACUUUUGGACAAAUUCCUCGUUGGGAAUUUGAUCGAGCAAGACUUUUUGAAAGAACUGAUUAUAUUGCCUACAUUUGUCAAGAUCUUAAUAGGAUUGGAAAGACUGUAGGAGAAUUAAACUCAGUUAUUGGACCAGAAAUGAAAUCACUUGUUCAGGAUCCAAUUAGAAUUGAAAUAAUUCUUCACAAAAUUCAUAAGUUGACAGUUCCUAUUGAAACAGUAAAUUUUGACAUAUUUGAUAAUAGUAAAAAAGAUGCAUGGAUGAUUAUAGUUAAUCAAAUUUUAGAUGAGAGUGAUAAUAUUCAAGAAGAAAUAAGAUAUUUUUUAGAAGAAAUAUUUGAGUCUAUGCCAUCAGCAGAAACUGCAUUUGAUUUCCUACAAAGUCUUAAAAAAAUUACUAUUUUUACUUCAGCAAAUGAACUAAUGGAAAGAAAAUAUAUUGAUGUAAUGAAACAAUAUUUAGAUGAGCUUGAAAUGAUUGAAGAAUGUUUCAUGGAAAAAAAGAAUAAUCCUCCCAUUUACAAAGAUAAUCCACCUAUCACUGCUGCAAUAAUCUGGAAAAGAAGUUUAUUUUUUCAAAUAAAAAAACCUAUGUUAAAAUUUUCAAAAGAAGAUAGAUUAAUUGGUUCUAAUCUAGGAAAAGAAGCUCAAAAUAAAUAUUUAACAUUAGGAAAAAAAAUGAGAGAGUAUGAGGAAAAAUUGUUUCAAUCUUGGCAAAAGAAAUCACUUAUUUUAGUACGACAAUUAAUACAAAAAAAUAUCUUGGUAUUAGAUCAGUCAGUUGAUAAAGCUAAUCAACAACAAAAAUGUGCUGGCGCUAAUAUAAAAGUUUAUAUGUCACAGAAGAUGAAUUAUAGAAUUAAUUUUCCUGAUGCUUUGAAAGAAAUUAUAAAUGAAGCUAAGGGUUUGGAAUGUUUAGGAUUCUCAAUUCCUGAUAUCAUUCGUGAUAUUGCAUUGGAGGAAGAAAAAUUUUUUAGUCAGCGAAAUGGAUUAAAUAAAAUAUUAAAAAUGUUAAAAUCUGUUUUGGAAAUGAUGAAUGAAGCUCAGGUAAAAUUAUUAGAUGCAGAAAUUCAAUGUUUGAAUAAAACAAUAAUAUAUGGAGUGAAAAGAUUAAACUGGACUUCACUUGGUAUUCCAGAUUAUUUAAAGAGGUGUGAACAGGAAAUUUCAAAACUGCAGUCAUUAUUAAAUCAGAUUCAGAAGACUAAUAAUGAUUUGGAAAUUUGCAUUCAAAAAAUUUCAACAAUAAAGUUUUUUGAUACUCAACUUUCUAAAGGUGAUAGUUUGCCAUCAUGCAAGGAUUAUUUUAAAUUUAUUGAAAGAAGAAAAACAGAACUAUUAGAAACUGCAGUAAGACAGUAUCGUGCUCUUCCAUCUUUGAUGACAAAUAUAGAAGGCUUAGUUUGCCAAACUAAUUCUCAUAAAGCAUCACGACUAUAUGACUAUUAUGAAUAUAUUGAAGAUAAAAUAUACCAAGCUCUUAUUCAGCUUGUAGUAAAUAAUUUAGAAUAUUAUAAAGAAAUGAUCAAAAGAGAAGAACCAUUAUUUGAAAUAGAAGCAUUUUUAGUUGGUACAGAGUUAGUAUUACAACCAACAAUGGAUCAAAUACAUAAAAUGAUGACAAACUGUUGCCAAGAUAUAAUUGAAGGAACAAAAUGCUUCUUUAGAUGGUUCCAUAAUUCUUGCAUUGAAUCAGAGCCAAUAAAAGUUAAAGAUCAAGUUGAACUCUACUGUUAUACCUUUUUCGAUGAUGUUUCUCUACAUCCAUUAGUUAGAUCCACAUACUUAGCAGUUGUAAGGGAAUGCCAGUCAACUGUAAUAUCUUUAUAUAAUUCUCUACAUUCAUGGACCAAAUACAGUAAUUUAUGGCUUUCUAAUGUAAACAAUGCUUGCAUUAAUUUUUGUUUUAAAAAGCCUAAUUUUAAAGAUUAUGAUGAACGAUUUCAAUUUUACUCUUUACUCAAGAAAGAGAUUCUUGAAAGGCCUGAAACAGUAUUUAUUGGAUGUAUAGCCCUUAGAUUUUCUCCAUUAAUUCAAACCAUUCUUGAACAUUUAUAUGAAUGGAUAUUAGCUUUUGGCAAAUGCUUGAAUAAGGAUGCAAAUGAAGAAAUGAUGACUUUGAAGACAGAGUUUGAGUGUUUAAAAAAGGAACUAGAUAGACCUCCACAAACAUUAGAAGAGUUGAAAUUAGUGUUAGAGACAAUUACUAAAAUUCGAAAUAUGUCUUUUGAGAUGGAUGUUUCAAUUAAAAAUCUGGAAGAAAAAUAUCGCACACUUGUAAAUAAUAAUAUAUAUGUCUCCACAGAAGAACUGGAAUCAGUAAAAAGUAUUGAACAAUUUUGGAAUGAUCUUGUUUAUUUAUCAAAAAAAGUUAAUUUUUGUCUUCGAUCUAUUAAGAAAAAGUUUACACAGACUACCUUAGCUGAUCGAGAAAUAUUUGCUUUUGAAUUGAAACAGUUUUGUGAAAAUUUUAAUACUGCUGGCCCAGAAACUUUAACAGAUGAUUUUGAGAAAGGUUUACUUGUUUUUGAAGAAUUCAAUAAUAAACUGCAAAAUAUUGAAAUUAAAAAAGAACAACUGGCAAAUGCUGAAAGAUUAUUUGAUCUCAAAAUUUCUUCAUGGCCAGAUCUGAUCAAUAUCUGGAAUAAAAUGAAUAAUUUAAAACAGUUAUUUCAUAUUUAUGAAAACGUAAAGAUAUCUGAAGAAAAUUGGUGUGAAAAACUUUGGGUUGAUUUUGAUCCUUUAGAUCUUCAAAAAAGUAAUGAAACCUAUCAGAAAGAAUUUCAUAUGCUUCCAGAUGGCAUUAAACAAAUUCCUUUAAGUCAUACUUUAAAACAAAAACUGGAUCACACUAAAAAUUCUAUUCCAUUAUAUCUUAUUUUAAAAGAAGAAGCAAUCAGAGAUAGACAUUGGAUAGAAUUAAUGAAGAUGACUGGUAUUACUUUUGAUUUAAACUAUGCAAAAUUUAACCUUGGAAAUUUGUUUUCAUUGAAUUUAUUAUGUUAUGAAGACAAUAUAAAAGAAAUAGUUGAGAAUGCAAAGAAGGAAUUAAACAUUGAAAAGGAAGUACAAGAAAUAAAACAGUUAUGGGAUCAAAUGAAUUUUCAAAUAAAAAGAUAUUUUAAAGGAACAGAAGAUAGAGGACAUAUUCUGAUGGGAGUUGAUAAAAUUCUACAAGCAUUAGAUGAUAAUGCAAUAAGUUUACAAAUGAUGUCUUCUUCAAGAUUUGUAGGUCCAUUUUUAUCAAUUGUUCAAGAAUGGGAAAAUAUUUUGUCUCAUAUAAGUGAGGUUUUGGAGAUAUGGAUAAUGGUACAGAAGAAAUGGAUUUAUUUAGAAGGUAUAUUUAAUGAAAGUGAUAUAGUGAUUAGAUUACAUGAACAAACAGAAAAGUUUCAAAAGAUUAAUUCAAGUUUCCAAAAGAUAAUGCAUGACACUUCAAAACAACCAAAUAUAAAGAUUGCUUGUCAUGUUUCAAAUCGUUAUGAAGAAUUACAAGAAAUAUUUAAUGGACUCAACGAAUGUCAGAAUUCAUUAAAUAAUUUUUUACAUGAAAAACGAAAUGCAUUUCCACGAUUUUUUUUCCUUGCAGAUGAUGAAUUACUUUCAGUUUUAGGUUCAGCUGAUUCUAAAGUCUUUCAAGAACAUUUAAUAAAGAUGUUUGACAGUAUACAUAAAUUGAAAAUACAAGCUGAACAAACUGGAACUGAUACAAUUGAAAAAACUGUUACUGCAUUAAUUUCAAAAGAAAAUGAAAUAGUCGAAUUUAGGAAAUCUAUACAAAUUACUAACAAGGUUGAACAAUGGAUUAAUAAUUUAUUAAAUGAAACACGAUUAUCUAUUAAAUUCUUAAUAAAAAGAGCUAUUUAUGAAUAUGGGAAAAUGCUUAAAUGUAACAUUAAAUGGCUGUUUGAUUAUCAAGGAAUGAUAUGCAUUACAGCUAAGCAGAUUUGGUGGACUGCUGCUAUUGAACAUAUUUUUGAAGAAACUAAAAAUGAUAAAAAGUUAGAAAUGAAAAAUUUUUCAGAAAAUCUUCAUAAAGAAAUUAAUGAUAUUAUUUCACAGAUUUCUUCCGAAAUGUCUAACAGUGACAGAAAAAAAUUUAAUAUGGUAUUACUAAUUAUGAUUCAUGAAAAGGAUAUUAUAGACAGAUUUAUUCUAAACAAUAUAAUCAGUGCUAAAGACUUUGAUUGGGAAAGACAGUUAAGAUUCUAUUGGUUAAGAGACCAAGAUGAAAUAAAAAUUUAUCAGUGUAAUGGAGUACUUCAUUAUGGCUUUGAAUAUAUAGGAUUGAAUGACAGAUUAGUUAUAACUCCAUUAACUGAAAGGAUUUAUUUUACAGCUACUCAGGCUUUAUCACUGUAUUUAGGAUGUGCCCCUCAUGGGCCUACUGGUACAGGAAAAACAGAAACAAUCAAAGAUUUAGCAAAAUCCCUUGCUUUAUUUUGUGUGAUGAUAAACUGUGAAAAUGAGAUGAAUUAUAAAUAUUUUGGAAAAAUACUUUCUGGUCUUGUUCAGUCUGGAGCUUGGGGUUGUUUUGAAAAUUUUAAUUACAUUAAUGCUUCAGUAUUUUCAGUUAUAUCAACUCAACUAAAAGUAAUACAGAAUGCAUUAAUAUUAAAGUUGAAAAGGAUUCAGUUUGAAGGAGAAGAAAUAUCUUUUGAUUCUAAAAUAGGAAUUUUUAUAACACUGAAUCCUGAAAUUUCCAGAAAAAGAGAAUUACCUGAGAAUUUAAAAACAUAUUUUAGAUUUGUAGCUUGUUCUUUUCCAGAUAUACAAUUAAUUUGUGAAAUAAAAUUAUUUUCUGAAGGAUUUAUUUAUGCUAAAGUUCUAGCCAAGAAGUUAACUAAUCUGUAUAAAUUAGCAAAAAUAAAGUUAUCUAAACAACUUCAUUAUGACUUUGGUCUUCUUGAGUUAAAAUGUAUAUUAAUGAAAGCUAUAAAUAUGAAGAGAGAAUUACCAGAUUUAGAAGAAGUUAAUUUAAUUAUACAAGCAAUAAAAGAAAUAGAUUUUCCAAAAUUGACUUCAGGAGAUAUAGCCUUGUAUAAUGAUCUAAUACAUGAUUUGUUUCCUGAAAUUGAAAUUAAUUACUCAUCAAUUUAUCACUCUGAAUUUCAAAAAGUUGUGGAAGAAGUUUUGAAAGAGGGAAAUUUCAAAAUUUUGCCACAUCAGAUUAAUAAAAUCAUGCAAAUCCAUGAAAUAAUGAUGCUAAGGCAUGCAGUAAUGAUAAUUGGACCAAGUGGAGGUGGAAAAAGUGUUGUUAUUAACACUUUUAUGAAUGCACAUGUAAAAUUAGGUUCAUUGGUAAAAACUUGCAUCAUUAAUCCAAAAGCUGUAGCUAUUACAGACUUUUAUGGCUUUAUCAAUUCCUCAUCUAAUGAAUGGACAGAUGGAUUGUUUCCAGUUAUUUUUCGAGAAAUGAAUCAGCCUGCUGAAAAAUCUGAAUUACGUUUCCUAAUAUUUGAUGGAGAUAUAGAUUCAGUAUGGAUAGAAAACAUGAAUUCAAUUAUGGAUGAAAAUAAAUUGCUUACAUUACCUAAUGGAGAACGUAUAAAGCUACAAACAUAUUGUAUGUUAUUGUUUGAGGUUGCAAAUUUACAAUAUGCACUUCCAACUACAGUCUCUAGAUGUGGAAUGAUUUAUGUUGAUCCUGUUGACCUUGGUUACCUUCCUUACUGGGAAUGUUGGUGUAUGACAAAAGCUGAUGAUAAAAAGCAAGUGAUAUUACAUAAACUAUUUGAAACUUAUAUACCAGAUUGUAUUAAUUAUGUUUUUAAAAAUACUAUUCAAAAUAAAAGUGCAUCACAGUUAACUACAAUUAUAUCACAAACCCCUUUGAAUAUGAUUACACAGUUAUGUUUGAUGCUAGAAUCACUAUUAACUCCAGAUAUUACUGAUCAGGAUAUAAUUGAAAGUUAUUUUCUUAUGGCUGUUUAUUGGUCAAUUGGAUCAGUUUUUGAAGAAAAUGAAAGAAUAAAAUUUGAUAGUUUUGUUAAAAGUAUUUGUUCUUUUAAAACAAUUAAUGAUAGUAAUGAAACUUUUGCAUUAGCAGGUGAAAUACCUUUAACAUUACCAACUUUAUAUGAUUAUUACAUUGAUUCUAAUAAAAAAGUAUGGAUUCCUUGGAAUAACUUAAUUCAGUCUUUUACGUCAUCUUCAACUAUUAUAUAUAAUGAUAUACUAGUGCCAACAGCAGAAACUGUACGUUUAAAUUGGCUUCUACAUCAAAUGCAAAAAAUUUCCUAUCCUGCUAUUGUUGUUGGUGAAACAGGAACAUCAAAAACUAUCACAAUUCUUGAUUUUUUGAACUCACUUGAAAGUGAUAAGAAUAUGUUACUUAUUUUGAAUUUUGCAUCAUACACAUCAUCAAUAAGUGUUCAAAAACGUUUAGAAGAAAAGAUGGAGAAACGAAUGAAAAAUAUUUAUGGACCAUCAGUGGGAAAGAUACUUACAAUAUUUAUUGAUGAUUUAAAUAUGCCAAAGGUUGAUGAAUUUGGCACACAACAGCCUAUUGCUUUGCUAAAAUUACUUAUAGAACAUAGAGGUAUAUAUGAUGUUGAUAAAUCAAAACGUUGGAAGAAUUUCAAGGAUUUUAAAUUAAUGGCAGCUAUGAAGAAAGGUAUUGGUGGGAAAAAUGAAAUUGAUCCAAGAUUUAUAUCUUUAUUUUGCUGUUUUUCUAUGCUGCCACUCUCAGAUGAUUCUAUUUUCCAUAUAUAUUUUUCCUUAUUAGAGAAGCAUACAAAAUUUUUUCCAUCAGAAAUAUGUGAUAUUGUUUCUUCAAUUACUAAAACUACAAUAUUAUUAUAUAAAACAGUUUGUCAAUUACUUUUGCCUAUACCAACAAAAUUCCAUUAUUCAUUUAAUAUUAGAGACUUGACACGUGUCUAUAAUGGUCUUUAUCUUGCAACACCAAAAUAUUACAGAACACCUGCUGAAUUCAUACAGUUGUGGAGAAAUGAAUGUUUGAGAGUAUUUCAUGAUAGAUUAUCAAAUGAAGAAGAUUGUAAGAUCAUAACUGAUGCACUCUCCUUGUUAAUACAAGAAUAUUUUUUUGAAAAUAAAGAAAAUGUGGAACAAGAGUCUUCUUUGUUUGCUGACUUUCGUAAUUCAUUAAAUAACAAACCAAGAUUCUACGAAUGCUUCAAUGAUUAUGAAGAAAUAAGAAGAAUUCUGCAAAAUAUCUUGAAUCAUUACAACAAACACUAUAUUCCAAUGAAUUUGAUACUAUUUAAUAAUGCACUUGAGCACAUAAUACAUAUUCAUCGAGUGUUACGAAUGGAAGAUGGCCAUUUAUUAUUGAUUGGAACUAAAGGAUGUGGAAAAAGAAGUUUGACUCGACUGGCAACAUAUGCUGCUAAUUUGCAACUAUUCGAAGUAAAGCCAGUAUAUUAUUAUAAAAAAUCAUUAUUUGAUGAAACUUUGAAGAAUUUAUAUAAAAGCAUAGUUUUAGAGAAUCAGAAAAUUGUUUUUUUAUUUUCUGAUGUGCAUCUUGUAAAUGAAGAAAUAUUAAAAGUAAUUAAUGAUAUGUUAACUUGUGAAACAAUGUCAACAAUAUUUUCUAAGAAAGAAAAAGAUAAAAUUAUAAGUAUGAUUAAAGAAGAAGUAACUGAAUAUGGAAUAACAAAUGAAAAUAUAUGGCAGUUUGUGGAAAAAAGAUUCAAAGCAAAUCUUCAUGUUGUUGUUGGAAUAUCACCUAUAGGAAAUACUUUAAGAAAAAUUUUCCAAAAUUUCCCGGGUUUAAUAAAUACUACUACUAUUGAUUGGUUUUCAACUUGGCCAGUAGAUGUUCUUUCAAGUGUUGCAUGGGAAUUUUUAGAAAAGAGCAAACGAAUUAUAGAAGGAUUGACUAAAAUUCAACUUGCUCGAGAACAAAUUCUACUUUUUCAAGAAAAAUUAGAUGAACAACAAAUUGUUUUGAACAGAAAAACUGAUGCUUGCAAUGAAUUGUUGGAAAUUAUUUCAUUGCAAACUCUUACUAUAAAAGAAAAACGACAAAUUGAAAAUGUCAAAACUGAAGAGCUGAAAGAAAAACAUGGACUUAUAAGUCAUGAGAAGAUGGAAGCUGAAGUGACCUUAAGUGAAACACUUUCAGCCUUAGAUGCAGCACGUAAUUCAUUAAAAGAAAUAGAUAAAUCUGAUAUCACAGAAAUAAGAUCAUUUGUUGCACCUCCACCAGUAGUAAUGACUGUAGCUUUAUGUAUUUGUGCUUUACUUGGUAAACAAACAACUUGGAAAACUGCAAGAGCAAUGAUGUCAGAACCAACUUUUAUGGAAAAUUUAUUGAAUUUAAAUGUAGAGAAUAUACCAAAUCAAAAUAUCACUAUAAUGAAAAGAUUGCUGAAGUCAAAUGUUACUGAUAAAAACCAAUCUGAUUGCCAACAGAAGCAGAAGUUUGAGAAAUCAUUUGUUGCACCUCCACCAGUAGUAAUGACUGUAGCUUUAUGUAUUUGUGCUUUACUUGGUAAACAAACAACUUGGAAAACUGCAAGAGCAAUGAUGUCAGAACCAACUUUUAUGGAAAAUUUAUUGAAUUUAAAUGUAGAGAAUAUACCAAAUCAAAAUAUCACUAUAAUGAAAAGAUUGCUGAAGUCUCUUGAACCUGGAAUUAAUACUGAACAAAUAAAACAAAUCAGCAAAGCUGGAAGUAAAUUAUUCAAUUAUAUUCUAGCUUUGAUGGAUUAUUAUGCUAUAUUUAAAGAAAUAAAACCAAAAAAGAACAAGGUUAAUCAAUUAGAAGAAGAUUACAAUUAUGCAACAGAUAAUUUAUGUAAAUUAAGGAAGGAAAUAAAAUUAUUAGAAGAAGAACUAAAAGACUCAAAUAAAAAAUUUGAUGAUGCUAUUUCUCAAAAAUAUAAUUUACAAUCUGAAACUACUGCUAUGGUAGAAUGUUUAAAAUCAGCAGGUCAAUUAAUUACUGGUCUUGGUUCUGAAGAAGAAAGAUGGAAAAAAGAACUUGAAGAAUUAGAAAUGAAAAAUGAAUUUUUGAUAGGUGAAUGUAUACUAGGCUCAGCAUUUUUAAUUUAUUCUGGUCCCUUUACUUUGGAAUUUCGUCACAUUAUGAUCUAUGAAGAUUGGAAAAAUAAUAUAUUGAUAAGUAACAUAAAACUUAAAGAACAUUUUAAAAUAGAAGAACUGUUUGUUGAUGAAUUUAUUAUAAGCAGAUGGAUAUCUGAAGGCCUUCCACCUGAUGAAUUUUCUAUACAGAAUGGCAUUCUGACUACAUCAGCUCUUCAUAUUCCUGUUUGUAUUGAUCCACAACUGCAAGCCUUGAAUUGGAUAAAAAAGAAGGAAGAAAACAAUAAUUUAAAAAUCUUAUCCCUCAAAGAUUCAAACUGUUUUCAACAAUUAAAAUUAGCACUUCAUCAUGGACAUCCUACAUUAUUUCAUAAUGUGGAUGAGUAUACUGAUUCCAUUUUAUUCAGUUUAUUAGAAACAAAUAUAAAAUAUAAAGAUGGAAAAUAUUUUUUUAUCUUUGAAGAUAGAGAAUUAGAUUAUGAUUCAAAUUUUCAUAUGUAUAUUACAACAAAAAUUUCAAAUCCAGCAUAUUUUUCUGCUAUAUUUACAAAAGCAACUAUAAUAAAUUUUACUCUUACAACAAAAGGAUUAGAAAAUCAGCUCUUAAGUAUUAUCAUUGGUAUAGAGAAAAAAGAAUUAGAAGAACGAAGAGAACGAUUAAUUGAUGAUACAAAUAUUAAUAAAAGAAAUUUGAAAGAAUUAGAAGAUUCAUUAUUAAGAGAAUUAGCUACAUUGACAGGCAAUGUGUUGGAUAAUGAAGAUCUUAUUGAAACACUUGAAAAUACCAAAAUUAAAGCUGUAGAGAUAAAUGAAAAAUUAUCACUUGCAGAAUUCGCAACAGCUGAAAUUGAACAGAGUCGUAGUGCAUAUUCUCCCAUUGCCAAAAUAGGAGCUGUAUAUUUUUUUGCAUUAAAUGAUAUGUUUAUGAUAAAUAAUAUGUAUCAUUUUUCUUUAUCAGUUUACUUAAGAGUAUUUCUUUCUGCACUAAAAAAUUCUGUGCCUGAUAUCAAUAUAAUAAAAAGACUAAAAAAUAUUAUUCAUAAACUUACAUCAAGUGUUUAUGAAUUUGGAUGCAUAGGUAUCUUUGAAAAGCAUAAGUUACUGCUAUCCUUUCAAAUGGCUUUAAAAUAUUUACAAAAUGAAGAAGUUAUAAAUGAAGAGGAAAUGAAAUUUUUUAUAAAUAGCAAUAUUUCUACCAGAGGAUUUGAUUUAAAGUGUCCUCAUGAUUGGCUUCCUUAUCAAAGUUGGAAAGAUAUUUUAAGUCUUUUGCACACUUUCCCUAAAACUUUUAAUAAUCUUCUUCAGAGCAUAAUGAUUAAUGAAAUAAAUUGGAAAAAGUGGUUUUAUUGUGAACAACCAGAACAACAACCAAUUCCAGAUUUUGAAGAUUCUUUGAAUCAUUUUCAGAAACUUUUAGUAUUACGUUGUUUUCGUAUUGAUCGUGUUUGUUUGGGUGUUAAGAAAUUUAUUUCAAAUAUCUUAGGAAAUGAAUAUGUUCUUCCAUCCACAAUUCCUUUUGAGAUAAUUUAUAAUUUAAGUACUCCCAAUAAUCCAAUGCUGUUCAUCAUAAGUCAUGGAGCUGAUCCUUUAUUUGAAAUCUUAAAUUUUGCUGCAAAAAUUGGAUUUGAAGAUCAUAAAUUAAAAUUUUUAUCACUUGGGCAAGGUCAAGAAGUGGCUGCUUUGCAACUCUUAAGAACUGCUAAGGCUAGAGGAUAUUGGUUAAUUUUUCAAAACUGUCAUUUUCUGAUAAAUUGGUUGGACAAAUUAGAACAAGAAAUUGAUAAUCAAGAAAAAGUUCAUCCUGAUUUUCGUCUUUUAUUGACUACUGAACCAACUGAAAAGUUUCCCAUUACAAUUCUACAGAAAUCUUUUAAGGUAAUAGUAGAACCUCCAAGUGGUUUAAAACGUCGUUUGCAAAGUCUCUAUAGGAAGUUUUCUGACAAAAAUCUUCCUCAAUGUGAAAAUGUUCAUUUUCUCCCUUUGAUAUAUGUUUUAGCAUUCUUUCAUUCUGUAAUAUUGGAGAGACAGAAAUAUUCAAAAUUGGGGUGGAAUAUUAUAUAUGAUUUCAAUGAAUGUGAUUUUAAUUUUUCUGUAGAUAUUCUUAAUACAUAUCUAAAAGCUGAUGAAAAUCAUCAGAUCCCAUGGAAAACAUUGAAAUUUUUUAUAGAGGAGAUAAUAUAUGGAGGCCAUGUCACUAAUAAAUUUGAUAAAAGAAUUCUUAAAACAUAUGUAGAUGAAUAUAUGGGAUACUUUAUCUUUGAUACUUACCAGUCAUUUCAUUUUUAUUGUAAUAAUGAAAGUUAUAUUAUUCCUCAAGUAUACAGUAAAGAUGAAUACUUAGAAUAUAUCAAUUCAUUACCUCAGACAAAUACUGUAGAAAUCCUAGGAUUGCAUGCAAAUGCUGAAAUAAAAUUUUUAAGUAAGGAAACUAAAUGUUUCUGGGAAAGCUUAAAAAAGUUACAGUCACUUAAAGCAAAUGAAGAAAAUGACACUAUCUAUGAAAAUAAUCUAAAAAUAGCAAUUGAUAUCUUUAAUAAAUUGCCUAAAACUAUAAUUACUGCAUCUCAUCAAAAAUCAAGAAUGCACUUACCUUUAACAGCAGUACUAGAUCAAGAAUUGGAAUUAUUUAAUAUAUUAUUAAAUAAAAUAUUAUCUACAUUACAAACAUUAAUAAAGGCACUAUCUGGCAAAGACAGACUGGAUUCUGAAUUAGAAGUAAUCACUCAUUGUAUAAGUAUUGGCAAACUUCCUCUUACUUGGGAAAAAUAUUCCCCUCCAACUCAAAAAUCCUUAGGUGAUUGGAUCACACAUUUUUGUGAGCGUUAUAAUCAGUAUCAAAAGUGGGUUGCUUCUAAUGAGCUUACAGUGAUGUGGUUAUCUGGAUUGCAUUUUCCAAAUUCAUAUUUAAUUUCAUUGAUUCAAACAGCAUGCCAUGAAAACAAUUGGUCUCUUGAUCAAUGCUCUCUUUUUACAUCAGUUACAAAAUUUAUAUCAGAUACUGAAAUAAAUGAAAAAAUGCCA